AGACUCUUUUAGGCAAGAACUCGAAAUCGAGUAUUUCUCCCAAGUAGAUCAUAUGCGAAGAGGAGUGCUAGGGCACGCUUAUGCGAGGUGUCGUGUGUUUGGAUGAGUAUUAUCAGGACACUGAGAGCGUUUGUAGUGACCGAAAUCACUUUAAGUCACUUAAGUGACUAAAGGUCGUUCAAGGCAUGCACUAGAGGGUCUAUCUGGGACUCAACAUGGAUAUACACCAGUGUCCUAUUGAGACUUAGGGUCUGUUUGGGUGUCCAACUACUCUGAGGUAUUCUUGAUAGUUCUUGUACGGAUAGAGAUACUCCACCAUCCAAACGGGUUCUUCUUCCCCAAAUCACCCGAGUCGUCCUUGCACAGCUGGGAGAGAAUCCCCCCACAGUGAACCAGAGACUCACCCGUACUCGACCUCUAUCUCCCUCUCUGCAAUGCCAUUUCAUGUCUCUCCCUUUCUCUCUGUGUCUGCAAUGUAGUACGCGAACCUGAUGAGUUAGGAAUCGAAUCUCUCCAUCGUGAUUCGCUGCUCCCUCACCGAACGCGUGCUCCAUGCUCCAUCCCAUCUUCACUGAACGAUUUCUAUAUCACUGGGUUUUGGCAGGGUAUUUUGUCUGAGGAAGAUUUGAUUCCUCAACCCGUGCCCCUAGAAUCCCACAUUUUCCUGAUAACUAUAAACCACCCAUGGCCAAAGCCACAUUACGUACCAGCCAAUCGAAGUCUAGGGUUCGAAAGCAACAACACUCAAGAUUUCAUCCCACCACAUUAUUCAUUACGGGGCCUCAAACGCGAUCCUUUAAGCGAUACUAUCUCAGAUCUUCAAUGCGUGCUUCGAGGGAGCACUCCAUGGAUGAGUCUGAGCUCCAGCGUGAUCAUGAGUUGUGGACCGAUGGAUUGGAGGAGAUGUUCGUAGACAUCCUCUACCAAGAGACCAUUGAAGGAAAAUUGGUUGGGUCGAAGAUCACCAACCGUGAUCAUCUGAGACUUGCAGAACAGCUGUCUCGAGUUGGGAGGAAGGCAAUUGAUGCGUCACAAAUUAGGGGGAAAAUCACUCGCUUGAGGCAGAGGCUACGAAUGUUCACGGAUUUAAUGGGCCAAACAGGAAUGGAUUGGAAUCCACAUACAAAAACUGUAAUUGCCACCGACGAACAUUGGGCUAACGCAAUAAAGGUGCGUAGCCAAUGGAGGAAAUUCAAGACUAAUAGUUGUCGAGACUACGAUCUACUAUGCACCAUUUUUGGGCAGUCGGUGGCGACGGGUGUUUGCCAUUAUGCGUAGACGCAGCAACCCCCUACGAGUGAGGAGGAGGACCGACUUGAGGAGGAGGUGAGGGCCCAGUACUGGGAACUGCCACGGACGCGCCGAUAGAUAUAGAUGGGCCAGACAUCGAUGGGCUAGCUGGGAGACAGAGACAAGCUUGUCGUCGAAGAAGGGAGCCGGUUCGGAGUAGCAUAUCCCCACAAUUUAGCAAAACUUUAGAAGUUAUGGCCGCCACCGCCGCAACGAAAAAUGAGUUGGAUAAGCAGUUUUUAGAUGAAUGUAGUAGAAAGCGAAGCAAAGGCGAUGAGACUGAGUUUGGUUCAGAUGCGUCACAUGGCAAGUUGGGUGUUGCUAUGAAGUUUUUGGAUGAGAUUACCCCCUGCUCCCUGCACAUCAAUAUAAAAAAGCAGUUGAAAAUUUUAUGCAUGACAAGGCAGUUGAAGCAUUCUUAAUGAUGCCCCCGAACCACAAAAUUGAUUGGAUCUGGGGGUUGCAGUGAAGUAGCUUGUCUCUUGUCGGGAAAAUUAUAUUUUUAUGUUUGCGGAUAUUAUUUGUCAUUGAUAUUGUUGUUUAUGAGCUGCUUAGGUAUUCAGUAUUUAUUGUAGUUGUUGUUUAUUGAUUUAUGGACAACGGUUUAGAUGAACAUGUUAUUAUUACUUGGAU